AUGUAUCUGAGGCAGCUGCUUGCUUGUCGCGAGUUUAGGGAGUCGCCGGGGUCGGCAGCAGUGGUAGGCUGGCCCGGGGCAGGCACAGAGGGUUGGGAAGUACAAAUCGGUGUCCGAGCGCGGCAGCCCCCAGGCGGGGAGAAGGGCGGCGGCGGCUUCCAGAGCCGGGCCGGGGCAGCGCUGGGGCGGGAGCGCGGGGUUCGGGGCUCCCCGGCCGCCAGCGAACUCUACAGACGGCUCCAUCGAGGGGAGAAAGGGCGCGUUACUUAUAGUAGGAAUAAAAUCUCCUUCCGUGGUGUCUGGGGCGUUGGGAGACGGAUACAAACCAGGCUCGCAGAUGUGGGGCUGUGGGAAGAAGUGGAGCCGGGGGUGCUGCCCGCCGGCUGCCCGGUGCGGGCGCAGAACGACACGGAGCCCAUCGUCCUGGAGGGGAAGUGCCUGGUGGUCUGCGACUCCAGCCCCUCGGCCGACGGCGCCAUCACCUCCUCCCUGGGGAUCUCGGUGCGCUCGGGCAGCGCCAAGGUGGCCUUCUCGGCCACCCGCAGCACCAACCACGAGCCCUCCGAGAUGAGCAACCGCACCAUGACCAUCUACUUCGACCAGGUAUUAGUUAAUAUUGGCAACCAUUUUGAUCUUACUUCCAGUAUAUUUGUAGCACCAAGAAAAGGGAUAUAUAGUUUCAGUUUCCACGUGGUCAAGGUCUAUAACAGACAAACCAUCCAGGUAAGUUUAAUGCAAAACGGCUACCCAGUGAUUUCAGCUUUUGCAGGGGAUCAGGACGUCACCAGAGAAGCAGCCAGCAAUGGGGUCUUACUCCUCAUGGAAAGAGAAGACAAAGUGCAUCUCAAACUGGAAAGGGGUAACCUCAUGGGAGGGUGGAAAUAUUCAACCUUUUCCGGCUUCUUAGUCUUUCCACUAUAAAAGAAGGCCAAAUAGGAGACAGAUCCAUGAGCCGGAGCAAGGAUUCAAUUGUUAAUGAUACCCUGAACUUGGCAGCACAUGACAAUAUUUUCAGUCACCCCGUCAGACUGUCACAGUAGAAGAAUGAUAACCUUCUAAACUCCAACAUUUGCUUUGAAUAUUGACAAUUCCUUGGAACCUGCGCCUCUAAUUAGUUUUAGACGACAGUGAUCUUUAGGAGAAAUGAAAUUAUCGACCUGAGCAAUUUGUACCUGUGAUUGUAAAGUCAAUUUUGGAUUUUAUUGUUGGGAUCAUUGACUUUCUUAUUCUUUUUUUUUUUCCUCUCUUUCAUUUUUUCCUCUUUUUCUUUCUCUUGUUGUUGUCCCAAUGAAAGAAAGAACUCGGACCACAGAAUCGCUUUGUCAAAGGCUCACUCCAGAGCCAGAAGAAUGGAGUGUUCAGCCCAAUGAGGUGUUCUUCCAUG